AUGGCUCGAAAUGUGAGCAAAGAAGGGCGCACACACGCCUCACCGCGAGAUGGAAUGUCUUACGAUCAGAAAGUCACCUGGACGAAGGGAAAGAUCAGGAAGAUGAUCACCAAACGCCUCCGCGCAGCGUGCAAGGACGACACCGUGACAAUGCACUGGGGCACAUACUGGUCGCACAUCGUCGCACGGCACGGCGUGUGCAUCGAGGGCUGGCCGCAUGAGCUUGUCCCGUUCCACGAUCUGAGCGGAGCGACAUCAUCACUCGUGCGGCUCGAGCUGCUCUGGCUGCGCUGGAAGGUCGGCACGACACGCUUCCGGGAGGUGGGCGCAGAGGAAAUGGAGCGGCUCGAGGCUGUGGGACUGUUCGCGCGCACGGCACGGCCGCGGCGCGCUGAUGCAGGCUUGAUCAGGGGACGGCGGCGGGACCCUGCGACACGGUCAAAGCGGCUGGGGCCGUACACAAUCAAGUCUGCACUCAUCGUCCCAGACGGCGCAGACGACAGCGACUACCAUGAUUAGCUACCCG